AUGGGAGCCGCCCGCCUGCUGCCCAACCUCACGGUGUGCCUGCAGCUGUUGAUUCUCUGCUGUCAGACGCAGGGGGAGAAUCACCCGUCUCCUAAUUUUAACCAGUACGUGAGGGACCAGGGUGCCAUGACCGACCAGCUGAGCAGGCGGCAGAUCCGCGAGUACCAGCUUUACAGCCGAACCAGUGGCAAGCACGUGCAGGUCACCGGGCGUCGCAUCUCUGCCACCGCUGAAGAUGGCAACAAGUUUGCCAAGCUCAUAGUGGAGACGGACACAUUCGGCAGCCGGGUACGCAUCAAGGGGGCUGAGAGCGAGAAGUACAUCUGUAUGAACAAGAAGGGCAAGCUCAUCGGGAAGCCCAGCGGGAAGAGCAAGGAUUGCGUGUUCACUGAGAUAGUGCUGGAGAACAACUACACGGCCUUCCAGAAUGCCCGGCAUGAGGGCUGGUUCAUGGCCUUCACACGGCAGGGCCGGCCCCGCCAGGCCUCCCGCAGCCGCCAGAACCAGCGCGAGGCCCACUUCAUCAAGCGCCUCUACCAGGGCCAGCUGCCCUUCCCCAACCACGCAGAGAGGCAGAAGCAGUUCGAGUUUGUGGGCUCAGCCCCCACCCGCAGGACCAAGCGCACUCGGGGGCCCCAGCCCCUCACGUAGAGGCCAGUUGCCUUCCCAGCCCUUCCCUUCCUGAUCCAAAGACUGGGCUGGGGUGGAGGGAGGGGAGCCAGACGCCCCCAUCCAAAGACCCUGAGAAUAUGACGCACCAGAGCCCCAGCUGGUAAGAGAUAGGACCACUGCGCCUUGGGUCCGGGCACUGCACACUGGAAUAGGCAGACCCCUUCC